CCUGCACCACUGCUCUCUGCAGCCACGGUGGAUCUGGUUCUUCAUUUUCGGCUGUCGCGAUCUGGAGAGAAGUGCUCGAAACGACUUUCGGAUAAAAGUGAAACUUCGGUUUAUUAUUCAUCUCCCGAUCUAGCGAAUCACUGGAAAAUGGCUGUUAAACGCCGCAAUGGAGGUCGCUCUAAGCACGGACGAGGACAUGUCAACUUCGUCCGCUGCACAAACUGCGCGCGAUGUGUUCCCAAAGAUAAAGCAAUUAAGAAAUUUGUUAUCAGGAAUAUCGUGGAGGCUGCGGCAGUGCGGGAUAUCACAGAGGCUUCCGUUUAUGAACAAUAUGCUUUACCCAAACUCUAUGCAAAGUUGAACUAUUGCGUGAGCUGCGCGAUUCACUCUAAAGUCGUUCGCAACCGAUCGAAGGAGGACAGGAAGAUUAGGACUCCUCCCCAACGAUUCCGGCCAACUGAUCGACCUGCACAACGGGACGGCCAAGGUGGUGGUGCUGGACGUGGUGGUCGCGUCAACGCUUAAGAGGGUUUUUUAUGAUGCGGGAGUAUGCUAGUUAAACUGCAUAACAUGCGCGCUGAUUGUCAUCGAUUAAAAUUAAUAAUGUGUGUUCCUCUGUCAUCUAUGUCCACCCGAGCAGGAAGAUGUUAUAAAAAUCUUGAAGUUCAA